UGAGGUAAUCCAUUAAGUAAUAGCUUUUCCUUGCAAUACAACAUUGACGUCUCUCGGAUUAAAAUAAAUAAAUAAAUAAAAAGCAGCAUCCUAAAGCCUCUCGGUGUAACCCUCUGUUCUCUAUUCCCCCCGCCCUCUGUGUGUGUUUCUAUUUCCACACACUGUCCAAUAGCAGCUGAUGUCACUAUUGGCAGCCGCAUCAUUUCCACAUGACUGAGCCACUGGAGGAAAUCACCAUCUGAAUGCGUCUCUAUAGGUUUAUUGGAAAGCGGAUCUGCUGCUAUUUUAACUUUAUCGACAUUUUCUCACCACACCUCUUUUGAAAGAGUCAGCAAUGUUCUCUUCAUCCAGAUCUUCUCUACUCUCGCCCUGGACCUCCAUGGAGCAGGCAGACUCAGAGGCUCUGGAUAUCAGCACCAAAGUGCAGCUGCAUGGGGUUUUGUGGAAGAGACCAUUCGGGAGACCCUCUGCCAAGUGGUCCCGCAGAUUCUUCAUCAUCAAGGAAAGUUUUUUGUUGUAUUAUGCUGAGAAUGAGAAAAAAAGCUUCGAGACCAAUAGAUACUUCAACAUCCAUCCCAAGGGAGUGAUUCCAUUAGGUGGAUGCAUUGUUGAGGCAAGAGAAGAUCAAGGCAUGCCCUUCGCCAUGGUUAUCAAUCAUGAGGACUUCACUGGAAACAUAGUUCUGGCUGCUGAAUCAGUGUCAGAGCAGAGCCAGUGGGUGGAGAUGCUGCAAGAGUCAGGAAAAGUCACAUGGAAGAAUGCACAGUUGGGCGAAGCUAUGAUUGAGAGUCUUGAGGCUCAGGGGUUACAGCUUGCUAAGGAAAAGCAAGAAUACCUUGAUAAACUCAUGGAGGAAACCGAGGAACUGUGCUUGCAAAGAGAACAGAAAGCUGAGCUGGAGAGACUGAAUCAGUUGCUGGAGGAGGAAAAGCAAAAGUUUGAGGAAGUGGUCCAAGAGCUGAGAACAGAACAAGAGCAAAUUAAACUAGAUCUGGACGGAACUGCUCAGUGUCUGAAAGGAGUGGAAAAUGAGAAAGAGGAGCUUCAUAAUCUUUCCACACUUCUGCAGAAGUCCUUAGAGGAGUUAUCCCAGGAGAAAAAGCGCACCCUCGAGCUGCUGCGAGAAAGAGGACAGGAUGUGGCUGAAACAGGAAGCGAUCGUCGGGGAUCUUUAGACUCCCAGAAUCCUCAGGUGCAGCUUCAGGGCAACCUGCGGCAAAUCGAGGAGCAGAUGAGGAGCCUGCUGAAAGAGAAAGAACAAGCAGAAGAGAGGCUGAAAGAGAAUGAAAAGCGAGCCAAAGUUCUGCAGGAGGAGAGAGAGUUUUAUUCUUCUCAGUCUCAAGCUCUCCAGCAGUCCCUCACACAGCUCACUGCAGACAAACAACACACAGAGGAAGAGCUGAAGGCAGAGAUGGAGUCUCGUGUGGAACUUGAGCGUAGGCUGAAACUGGCUGAGGAGGCUCUUCAAGAUUUAGAGCAGGGUCUAAAUACAAUAGAACGCAGCCGCGAGAGGAAUGAACGAAUGAAAGGAGACGUCAGCCAACUGCGCAAGUUCUUUGAGGAAUGUAUCUGUGCUGCCGAGAUCGAGGCCAAGUUGCCAUCUAUAAUGAAGAAUGCAGUGUAUCUGCAUAAAGCUGCUGCUCGACGGAUCAAAAGCUGUCGUGUCCAGAGACGGGCCUCCAGACAUCAUUGGUUGAAACACUCUCAGUCAUUUGCCUCCUCUCGUGGAGCCUCCUCAACCAGCCUUGAAGAGCUGAGAGAAACGGCUCGCCGUCUGACUUCAGACAGCUGCUUGAGACAGAAAGCCUACAAGAUCAUGACCCGCCAGAAGACCCUUCAGUCUGAAGACUAGCCGCAAUAUGACUGAGAGAAGGACCUGAAGAAGCAGUUAAGUUGAAAGUGUAGCGAUGAUUCAGUAAGGGCAACCUACAAAUGCAGUCUUCUGUUGAUUCCUAAUGGAUUCUGUCCUUUUUUUCUGUACACUGUAGUAUCAUUAAAUAUGGAAUGUCAAUUAUUUGCUUUCAAUCAAAAUAAAAUAACUUAUACAAGGCUUCCUGUACAAUCGCUUUCAAAAAGUGUAAUUAAACCUAAGGUAAACUGUGAUUAAAGUUGAAAACAGAAUUAUUAACCUUCCUGUGAAUAAUUAGACAGAAGGGCUGAUAACUUAGCCAUCUAUACAGUACAACACAACCAAUCAAAUGUUAAGAAUUUAUUUUUAUUUUUAAAUACAGAUGUUCAAAAGAGUAGUUUCUGUUGUUUCUCAAGCAAGUAUAACCCUGCAUAUCCCCCUUUCAUAAAUGACAAAUCUUUUGUGGAAGCAAUGAAGCAUCUGCUGCCUACAUGGAAACACUAGAUUUCCAUUACAGUAAUAAAAGAGUGGUGCUAAGACAAAAAUAUAGCAAUUUGAUAAGAUAUUCCUUUGUUACAGGUAAAAUAAGGAAGCUACAAUCAUCUUCAUGUCAUGGCAGAUAUUAUGAGUCAAAUCAGCAUGUGUAAUUUAUUUACUGUCAUUUAAGCGUUGCUUUGUCAAGAGUCCUAAGAGCUUCCAGAAACAUUCAGAAAUGUAUGAACUUAUGAGUUAUGAAUUAUUAUUUAUUAUCUCCACUAAUAAGGAAUAGCAGAUCCAGCACCACUAUGUUGGCUCCAUUUGAAAGCUACAAAUGUAACAUGUGAUAUACAACAAGGUACACAGGUGGUUUGUGGUUUUGCGAUAUUAAAUGCGACUCUGGACUAUAAAACCAGUCAUGAAGGUCAAUGUUUGGAAAUAUGAGAUUUAUACAUCAUCUGGAAAAAUAAUAUCUCUCCAUUCAUGAAUGGUUUGUUUAGAA